AUGAUAACUGAAUCUUGGCUAAGUGAUGAUAUCGGUGAUUCCUCGGUUAAGAUCGGUAAUAAAUACAACAUAUUUCGUCGCGAUAGAAAGUCUCCUGGCGGUGGAGUGAUCGCCUACGUGAAUAAUUGUUUACCAGCAGAGCGUAUGACUCACCUCGAAGAAGAAAACAAAGAAGUGAUAUGGUUGCUGUUAAAACCCCCCAGAACCCCUAGACCUUACAGUACAAUCGUUGCUGCUGUUGUGUACUACCCUCCUGGUCAAUCCGCCGAACAAGCAAUCGAUAUGAAUGAAUACUUAACUACUU